AUGGCCGCGGAGGAGAAGGACCCCCUGAGCUACUUCGCCGCGUACGGGAGCAGCAGCUCGGGCUCCUCGGACGAGGAGGACAGCAGCGAGCCGGAGGAGGCGCGGCGCGGGGCCCCGGACCCGGCGCAGUCGGCGGGCGGCUGUGCGAACAAGAAGCUGCCGGGCCCCGACGAGCUGUUCCGCAGCGUGACUCGGCCGGCCUUCCUCUACAACCCGCUCAACAAGCAGAUCGACUGGGAGCGGCACGUCGUCAAGGCGCCCGAGGAGCCGCCGAAGGAAUUCAAAAUCUGGAAGUCCAACUGCGUGCCGCCGCCCGAGACCUACGCCGCCGAGAAGAAGCCGCCGCCGCCCGAGCUGGACAUGGCCAUCAAGUGGUCCAACAUCUACGAGGACAACGGCGACGACGCCCCGCAGAGCGUGCGGCGGGCGCGGCUGCUGCCCGAAGGGGAGGAGACGGUGGAGUCGGAUGAUGAAAAAGAUGAGCAUACUUCUAAAAAGCGUAAAGUAGAACCGGGAGAAUCAACAAAGAAGAAAAAGUAG